AUGUCAGUGUCUUAAUUGUUAAUUAAAUUAUACCACCUAGUUGCAGAUCACAGUGAUAUCGCAUCCUUUCAGAACUUUGUCAAAUCGUAAAAUUUAAUUCAACAGCUUACCAUAAUCAUCGAACAUAUUUAAAAUAACAAAAUUAAAAAGGAUUACAAGGAAUUAGAAAAAUAAUUGUAGAAAUAUGAAUCCGAAGUCAGAGUGCAUAUAAGAGUAAAAUUUACUUAAAUAUCAUAUCAGGAAUCUUACCUCAUGAAUUAAAAGUACGAUGAAAUGAAAAAUUAAAUCAAAUAGUUAGAGUAAGACAGAGAUGAAUUAUUGCAGAAUACAAAAAAAACUCUGAAUGUACUAUUCAUUCGAUAUCUAGUUCUUAGAAACUAAAAAAAGAGAAUGAGGAACUAUAUUAAAAAGUAAAACUCUUGAAGGAAGAACUAAAUUUUUACAAACAAUUUGAAAUAUGUACUCAACAGUCAACCAAAAUUAGCAACACAAAAACUAUAGAAAAACAACACAAACUCAAGGACAAACGAUUUCAUACUAAUAUUACUCCUUAGAAAACUGUCAAUUCAUCUUUUGAUUAUUUAGUUAAUAAACGAUUAAGUUAGUAGAUCGUCCAAAGAAAGAAAAGUGUUUAAAAAUACAUGUCUAGCAAAAGAAAAUCUUGUGCAACUGAUUUAUCUAAAAGUAUGUGA